AUGGAAUUAAUUUAUUCUUUGAAAGCAUUAAAAUGCAGGAAGACAUAUAAAAAUGAUUUAUAUUUAGGAUACCUUUUUGAAUACUAUAAAAUACUAGGCAUUUAUUACCCCAGAUUUAUUAAUCUUAUUGAGAUUUUGUUGAGUGGUUACUUAGAAAACAAUAUAUUUUAAAAAUACUUAAUUAAGAUUUUGAUAUUGCUGCAAUUAGUAAUGGUAAUAAAAGUAAUGAGUUAAUGUGGAUAGCAAUUAAAAUACCUUGACAUAAACUUUUUCAUUAAGAUAUAUAAGAUUAUAACAAAUUUAAUAAUAAUAUCAGAAUUCAUAUACUUUGGUACAAUUUGGAUUCAGUUUAUCAUCUAUUUUUUAAUCUCUUCUUUUUUCAAAAUAAUUGCUGUUAUUCUAGUUAAAAGUGAGAUUAAUGAAUCAUUACCUUAUUUAUUUUGUUGGUCUUUAUUUGAAACUCCUACUUUCAAUUUUAAACAUUAUGAAGUCUCUAAAAUAUGCCAAUCUAUGAACAUUACAAAAAUAAUUUCUAUUUAUUUAGCUGUUUCACUUAUUAUUCAGAGUUUAAUUUUUCUUUACCUUUCAUUUAUUUUUGAAAAAAACUUUGUCUGCAUCUUAAUCUCAUUAUUUAACUUGCCUUUGACUGUAAUUAGCAUAUCUUUAGCUUAUUAAUUUAAAGGAGUGCUAAAAGUAAAUAAAACUUUUAAGUCUUAAUAAGAAAUUCUACCAUUCUUGAAAAAUUACCCUAAUUAGUAAGCCCUGAUAAUUUAAAAAAAAAACAGUAAAGAUUUAACCAAAUAAUAAAAUAUAUUUUCAGAAUUAGAAGAGUAAGACGACUCUUCUUUAACUGAAAAAGAGUAAUAUGAUUUAUUAUAAUACUUAUAUAGCAAAAAAGAUAAAGAAUUAAUAUCAAUUUAAUAAUAUAAUAUUUUGAUAUAAGGUGAAUAAUUUAUAGUUCAUAGCAUUAUUUAAAGAAGCGUUUUAAUGUAGCUCCUAUGCGAAGUAGAAGAGAUUCCUGUUGUUUUUUUACCACCUUAAAGCUACAUGAAUUUUGAUAUUUAAAAAAUAUAGCUUGAAAGAUGCUUAUUCCUCAAAUUUAAUGAUAUCCCAAAACUAAAUAUAAGUGUUGAAAGAGAUCAAAUUUACUUAGCUGCUUUUUAAUAAUCAAUUUAGAUAAGAGCAUUCAUUCAAAACUUGACAGUUUACAUAAAUAUUAAUCCUGCUUAAGUUUUAUAUGAUUUAUAUUCUGUUUGA